AUGGCGGGGUUCCAAGUUCCCAGCUCCGUGCUUAUUGUCGGCUCCGGCGUCUUCGGCCUCAGCACCGCCUGGACGCUGACGCAGCGGCCCGAGUACGCCGCCACGAAGAUCACCGUCGUCGACGACGCCAGCGCCUGCGGGGGCGAGUUCCCGCCGCUCGACGCGGCGAGCGUGGACUCGUCGCGCAUCAUCCGCGCCGACUACGCCGACCCGGACUAUGCCGCGCUGGCAGCCGUCGCACAGGCGGCGUGGCGCAGACAGGGCGACGACGACCUCGGCGGCCAGGGCCGCUACUCGGAGUCGGGGCUGCUGCUGGCAGCGGACCACCCAGCCACCGCGACCAAGGCGGGCAAGCUGACGGGCAUGGACUAUACAAAGGGGAGCUGGCGCAACGUCGCGCGCAUCGCGCGCGAGGCCGGGCACCCGCCAGACAGAGUGCGCACGCUGGAGAGUGCGGAGGCGUUGCGGGAGCACCUUGGCACGCCGGGGCGCCCGGGCGACUGGGGAUAUCUCAACACCCUCUCCGGAUGGGCAGACGCAGGCGAGGGCAUGCGUUGGCAGUACAGGCGCGUCAAGGCGACGGGGCGCGUCGACUUUGUCGAUGCGCGCGUCACGGAACUUGUUACAGAGGGAAAGCGCGUGGUCGGCACGAAGCUGGCCUCGGGCGAUAUCCUCCGUGCCGACCUCGUCUUUGUGGCGGCCGGCGCGUGGACCGGCGCUCUGAUUGACCUCCGCGGCCGCGUCGAGGCCACCGGCCACGUCCUCGGCUACAUCGACAUCACCCAGGCGGAGCUCGACACGCUCUCCCGGCAGCCGGUGGUGCUGAACCUCACGUCCGGGCUCUUCGUCAUCCCGCCGCGCGAUAGAGUGCUCAAGGUAGCCCGCCACAGCUUCGGCUACCUCAACCCCGUCACGGUGCCGAGCGCGCUGCCGCUCUCCCCCGCGGCGCCGCGCAUCCCUAUUGUCGCGUCCCUGCCCGUGACGGCGCGCAGCGGAGGGCCCGGGCGGCUGCCCGCCGAGGCGGACGCGGACCUGCGGCGGGCCUUUGGCGACCUCGUGCCGCUGCGGGGACUCGAGGGCCGGCCGUGGCGGGAGACGCGGCUCUGCUGGUACGCGGACACGCGCGACGGCAACUGGCUGGUCGACUACCACCCGGGCUGGGAGGGCCUAUUCGUGGCCACGGGUGACAGCGGCCACGGCUACAAGUUCCUCCCCGUGCUGGGCGACAAGGUGGUUGACUGCAUCGAGGGACGCGGCGGCGCGCUGGGUAGCAAGUGGACGUGGAAGCAGGUGCCCGAGGGCGACAGGGUGGGACGCGAGACGAACGGCCGGUUUCAGGGGCUGAUUACGGAGGAUGGUAGUCGGGGUGGUUCUCCGGGUAUGAUUCUCGAGGAGGAGCUGGGAAAGAAGGAGGUGGCAAAGCUAUGA